AUGGCGGAGUACGAGGCUUGUAUCUUCGUUAUUGAAGUCGUGAUUGAUCUUAGGAUCAAAAUCCUUAAAGUCUAUACAGAUUCAACCUUGGUGAUCAGUCAAGUAAAAGGAGAUUGGGAUACUAGAGAUCAUAAGCUUAUCCCUUACAAGGAGAAUGUCUUGAAACUAGUCCACUACUUUGAUGAGAUCACAUUCCAUCACAUCCCUCGAGAGGAGAAUCAGCUAACCGACGCCUUGGAAACUUUGGAAUCCAUGUUUAAGGUCAAGUGGAAGAAUGAAGCACCAUCCUUUCACCUCAACUACUUGGACAAGCAUGCUUACUGUUUGGUGGCCUUAGACGAAACCGAUGGUUAUCCUUGGUACUAUGACAUCAUGAGAUUCUUAGAGUGCCAAGAAUACCUUAAGGACGCAUCCAUUACCGACAAGAAGUACCUUCAGAAACUGUCUUCCAAGUUCUUCUUAAGUGGAGGGGUACUAUAG